CACGCAAGCGGGCGGCCUUCUCCUAAGCCAAGUUGUGCAGGGCACUUCGAAUCUCCAAGCCGACAUGACAUCACAGGUCGGAACGUCUUCCGAGGAGUGUCUGAGGUGAUUACCCAGAGGCCCGCCCGCUGGCACUCCCGACGAAUAAAAUGCGGGAGGCUGCUGGAAUGGAGGACCCAAUUGCCCCACCAACCCAGCUGUUUCACUACGAAAAUGUCUCUCCCUACCUUCGACGUCUCCAGCACUGCCGAGCAGGUCGCAGAUACCUUCGCUAGCGACAUCGCUGGGAAGAACGUCCUCGUCACCGGCACGUCGCAGAAUGGCAUCGGCUUUGAGACCGCGCGGGUUAUCGCCAAAUAUGCCAACCUCGUCAUCAUCACCGGCUACAGCUUGGAGCGUCUUCAGAAGUCCGCUGAGGCUCUCCGCAAAGAGGGUGGAAAGGCUGAGAUUCGUCCUCUUGUUCUCGACCUCGCCUCCCUCGCUGCUGUCCGCAAGGCCGCUGCUGAGGUUAACGCCUACUCUGAGCCCCUCCAUGUUCUCAUUCACAAUGCGGCGGACACCAACGCAACUUACCGCAUCACCGAAGACGACAUCGAAGGCCAGAUGGCCAUCGACCACCUCGGCCCCUUCCUCCUCACGAAACUUCUAUACCCCAAACUCCUUGCCUCUACUUCUUCCUCGUGGCUCCCCCGUAUCGUCAUCGUUGCUUCUGGUGCCCAGGGCGCUGGCCCCGGCAUCGACUGGACGAUGCUCCGCAAGCCCCACCCCGGCUCACCGCAGGAGAGCAGUGUCUUCGCGCGCUACCACGAGGCCAAGUCCGCAAACGUGCUGUUUGCCCUUGCGCUCGCCAAGCGCUGCGAGGGGAAGCUCCGCGCCUACAGUUUGCAUCCCGGUAUCAUCUUCAGCAACAUCUUCACGAAGGAGGCGAUGCUUCCGGCGCUCAAGGCCAUGGGCGAUAUCAAGGAAGACGGAUCACAGAACCCUGAUGCAUCCCACCCGUGGAAGACCAUCCCAGAGGGCGCUGCCACCACCCUCGUUGCGGCCUUCGAUCAUCGCCUAAAUGACAAGUCCGGCGCCUACCUGAUGGACUGCGCCGACGCCAGCGAGACUGCCGGCGGGCCGCACAACCGCAGCGCGUUCAACUCGGAUAUCGCCAAUGCGGAUAAGUUGUGGACGCUGUCGGAGGAGAUCGUCGGGGAGGAGUUCAAGAUCUAA